GGCGAGAGUUUGUGUCUCUGUGGUUUUAACACUGAGGCUAAGGAAAGAAUGUGACCUUUAAGAAGCAGUCAUGUCAGCCCUCUGUCCACCACCUUCUCCAGCAGUUGCCAAGACGGAAAUCUCAUUGAAUGGGGACUCACCACUACUAGCUGCUACUUUUGCCUACUGGGACAAUAUUCUUGGACCUAGAGUCAGACACAUCUGGGCCCCUAAGACAGAACAGAUGCUCCUCAGUGAUGGAGAAAUAACUUUUCUUGCAAAUCACACAUUGAAUGGAGAAAUACUUAGGAAUGCAGAGAGUGGAGCAAUAGAUGUGAAGUUUUUUGUCUUGGCAGAAAAAGGAGUAAUUAUUGUGUCUUUAAUCUUUGAUGGAAACUGGAAUGGGGACAGAAGUACAUAUGGAUUGUCAAUAAUACUUCCACAAAGUGAACUUAGCUUCUAUCUUCCUCUUCACAGAGUUUGUGUUGAUAGAUUAACACAUAUUAUAAGGAAAGGAAGAAUAUGGAUGCAUAAGGAAAGGCAAGAACAUUUCCAGAAGAUUGUCUUGGAAAGCACAGAGAGAAUGGAGGAUCAGGGCCAAAGCAUCAUUCCAAUGCUGACAGGAGAAGUUAUUCCUGUAAUGGAACUUCUGUCAUCUAUGAAAUCACACAGUGUUCCAGAAGAAAUAGAUAUAAGUGACACAGUGUUAAAUGAUGAUGACAUUGGGGACAGUUGCCAUGAAGGUUUUCUCCUCAAUGCCAUCAGUUCACACCUGCAGACUUGUGGUUGCUCUGUAGUUGUAGGUAGCAGUGCAGAAAAAAUUAAUAAGAUAGUGAGGACAUUGUGUCUGUUUCUUACUCCAUCAGAACGGAAGUGUUCCAGACUCUGUAGAAAUGAAUCUUCCUUCAAAUAUGAGUCAGGACUGUUUGUACAAGGAUUGCUCAAGGAUGCAACUGGAAGCUUUGUGUUGCCCUUCCGUCAAGUAAUGUAUGCUCCAUAUCCUACUACACAUAUAGACGUGGAUGUCAACACAGUGAAGCAGAUGCCUCCUUGCCAUGAACAUAUCUAUAACCAACGGCGGUACAUGAGGUCUGAACUUGCAGCGUUUUGGAGAGCCAAUUCAGAUGAAGACAUUGCUCAGGAUACCACUAUCCAUACAGAUGAAAGCUUCACCCCUGAUUUGAAUGUUUUUCAAGAUGUCCUGCAUCGUGAUACAUUAGUAAAAGCAUUUCUGGAUCAGGUCUUUCAUUUGAAACCUGGCUUGUCUCUGAGAAGUACUUUCCUUUCCCAGUUUCUGCUAGUCCUUCAUAGAAAAGCCUUAACUCUUAUAAAGUACAUAGAAGAUGAUACGCAGAAAGGAAAAAAGCCUUUUAAGUCUCUCCGUAGCUUAAAAAUAGACCUUGACUUAACAGCAGAGGGCGAUCUUAACAUAAUAAUGGCUUUAGCUGAGAAGAUCAAACCAGGUCUACAUUCGUUUAUCUUUGGGAGACCCUUCUAUACUAGUGUACAAGAACGUGAUGUACUAAUGACAUUUUAAAGAUCGUGUAUGCUGCUGAAAGAAAGCUAAUAAUGUAAACACCAUUUUUUUUUCCUUUUUGGUAAGCAGUCUUUCAUUCUGAUGCAGCAGUUGAGAACAAGUUACACUACAAACCAGCAGAAGUGAGGAGAUAGCAUUAUUAAAGGGAAAGUCACUUUGGUAAACAAAACUUCAAAAGACCCCUUUUUGUUUACAGUGAAAUUAAUAUUGCAGUAGGUUUUUAUGGUAUUUUGGGUUCGUUGUGUAUAAGUGCCAAGCAAAAUAUUUUAUCACUAACUGUGUUGAACCAUAAAGCAUUUCAGGGUUUAAUUACCCACUUUAAUUGAACUUUUUCACUUGGAUAUUCAUUGCCAACCUUUCUUUUUAUAAUCUGCUCCUUUGUUCUUUUUUUUUUUUAAGGGUGGGGGGUACAUUAAAACACUAACCCACCUGUGCCUUUGUUGUUUUUCAAAAUAACCCAUAGGAUAUAGCCAAACUACAAGAUAAACAGUUGAUUUCUUUUCAUGUUACCUUUGUCAUGUGUUUAGCAUAACUUUAUUCAGAAAUCAAUGUGGCUGUUAAUAGAAAGAGCAAUGUUGAUUGGAAAAACAAACUCUGGUUCAGUGAUAUGCUAAUCUGUCUCUUCCAACCAACACACUCACCUCUCAUGCCACUUGUUUUGCUUUGCAUGGAGAAUAUGAAAAACAGCAGGAAGCCAGGAAAUGUAAUUUACAUGCUUUCACCGAAUUUUUACUUGAAUAAUCUGAGUUAUUGGAUCUAGUUUUCAGAUUCUGGAGAAGCUUUACAGGCUUUGCCAUUGUGCUGCAUGAUGUACUAUACUCAGUGAUGCAUCUGCAUUGUGUGCUCCUAUCUUCUACCUUUCUUUCCCCUCCCCCAUAAAAAAAAAGUGUCAAAAAUCUACUUUGUAAAUGUAGUGUAUUGGUGUUACUUCAUGAUCAGAUUCCAUGCCAAAGAACUAUGUUGGUAAUUGGGAAUCUAUGAUAAAUAGGUUGAGAACCACUAACCUAGAGUGGGCUGCAGGUUGAGAACCACAAGAACUCCUCCCGGCACCACUAGCCCCCCCACCCGUACUUGUACAUGUAAAGCCUCCCACAUGAGACUCUUCCAGAGUGGGGCCAUGAGUGUAGUCCUGGGUGGGAGACAGGGCAACAGUCCUUUCAUUGACCCUAAACCACGCAGACAGCAUAGCCACUGGGAACUGGGACCCAGCCUUUUGGGCCUGUUGGCCUUUAGCACACAGCUAGUCUUCAACUGAGUGCUAAUUGGGCCACAUGCAUGUGGGCUGCAGGUUGAGAACUGCUGCUCUAGACAAAGUCAUUGUUGCUUUACCAGUUAAACCCUUGAUAUAACUUUUUUGUAUAGGAUGGGUUUGCUCUGUGAGCUACUCCAUUUUCUAGUUGUUUCAUUACUUGAGACAUAAGACAAAUACUUCAGAAUAAUGUCUUUCUAUAAUGUCCUCUUUUCUGACCUAAAAAUAGCUAAUGUCCAAAAUGUGAUUAUAUUUUUCUUUAAGAAAAUGACAUUUUGACAAUCUAAAUAUUUAGGACUCUUGGUGGGGAGAGGGGAGAGCAAGGUAUGCCAUUGUGUACCAAAUACAUAUGUGCAGUUACUAUAGUUGCAUGUAAAAAUAAGCCCAUUAUAUAUGCAUUACUGUAUACACGCACAGUUACCUUAUUACAUACGUAAUUAUUCUCAAAAAUUAAGGUUUGCCAGUCUUUGUUUUUUAAAAGUGUACUACCCUUUUGUAGAGUCCCUGCAAAAUGUUUUAUGCUCUUGGGCUUCCUUCUUCCAGCUUCUCAUCAGGAAAUUUGUUGAAAUUAAGCUGUUUUAACCAUGAUACAGAGACCAUUUGUUUGCCAUUUUUUUAUACAUUUUAUUUUUUUUGCCUAUUAGAAAAUGGCAUAAUUCCUAAAAUAUUUUUACUGCGUGGCUUCUCAGUUGGAAGUAACAACUAAAAAUUGUUGACAUUACAUUUUUGAAAUAGAAGGUGCUAAGUUCAAUUGACUUGAGACAGAGUGCUGGAAUUAAUUAUUGUACCAUGGCAAAUCUUUGAAAACUUAAUACUGACACUGCUAACAGCACAGCUCUGUUGUUUACUAAAAACAUUUGUGUGCAUUUUCACUUUGCAACAGUUUAGCAUUGGAACAAGUUCCAGCAUUGUUUUAUUGCACUAUUGUCAUGGAUGUGGACUGUACAGUGAAAUAAAUUAUGUAAUGUAUUUGCAAA